ACACCUUCAAACUUCAUACACUUUUUUUUUACUGGAUAAUUACAAAUGUACAAAAGAUUUUUGAUAUCUCUUAACUGAGCAUUUCUAAGAGAUAUUUUUCAAACUUUUGUCUGGCUUCUUUUUCCAAUACAUAUUCUCUUUUGUACUUAUCAACAAGAUAAGUAAAUUGAGUUUGAAACAAAAGAGGAAUUUCAGGAAAGUUGUUUGCAGAGAUGAUUUUUUGAAUAUUGUCUUCAGCAAUGAGAUUAUAGUUAGAAGAACUAUAAAUCUUAGAGUCAAGGUCUCUUGCAAUCAUUCUUGAUCUCCAAUGUCUGAUUUGUUUUUUGAUACGGGAUUUAGUACAAGGCCAAGGGUUUUCUGUAUCAAACAACUGAUAUUUUCUCUGAUUUGCUUUGAACAAAAUGAGAUGUUGAGCAGGGUAGACUCCUCCAUCAUUCGACCAUUCAGGAGGUUUACUUUCUAUGAUGAGUUCAACAGAUUUGAAAUAAUUGAUGAAGACAUUUAAAACACAGACAACUAAUUUUCUUCCAAAUUUAUCAGUUUGAUCAGGAUGAGAGAAAAUCAAUUGAUAAAGAACUCCAUAGUCCACGAGGAGGGUUGGAGUUAACUCUAUCGACUCAUUGUUGAAUUUAAUGACUAUUGGUUUAUAACUGUCUAGGUCAAUGUUGGCUUUGCAUAUACUGUAAGUAAGAGCACACUUACAGUCAUGCCUUUCUAAUGGAAUUUCUCUACACAAGGGAUCGGUCUUUGGACAAUUAUUAUAAGUGUUGUCAUAACAAGAAAUCCAAGUGAAGCUCAUCUCUUGAAUAGUAAUUCCAAAAGUGCUACAGUCAGCAAGAAAUUGCAUGAUAUGCUCUUGCCUUGCUUCUCCUGUAGCUUUAGCCUUCUCACAGAUCAUCUGUCUAAUGCUUUCAAGAAGGUCCAAAUUUUUUAACUUGAAAAAUGAAAAUCUGGAAAUUUGACAUUCUUAGCUUUCCUCAUAAAGUUUUGAAUCUUCAUUUGGUUUUGAAAGUCCUUUUUGAAAUUCAUUUUGAAAAUCUUUUGAAAAUGCAUCUUUGACUUCUUCUGCUUUUUCCCUGCAAAUAAAAUUUUCAAGAUCUGUAUCCAUUGGGGUGCAAUGUAUAUCAAAACUUGAAGGGUUAGAAAAACUUUCUAAUUUAUCAUUUAACUGUUUAAAAUGAAAAGAUAAGACAUUUAAAGCUUCCAACUUUUGAAUAUCACUUUUUGCAUUUCAGAGGUUGUCUAAAAUGCAUUUUUGUGAUCUGUCUAAUCCUUCUAUGUCUUUAUGAAUCCGAAAUGACAGAUUACAUUUAGGAAUUACUGGAAGAGUAAAUUUCCCAAAUGUAAUUCUUUCUUGCUCCAUCUGUAAACAAAGUUCAAUUGUUAGUAUCUCUAUUGAAGAAUGAAAUAGAUAUCUAAUGGUUUUGUCUUUAUCAUACCAAAUUUGAAAAUAUAUUGAAUUUAUGAGAGGCACAUAAUUUCGAAUAAUGAUGUAAGAAGGAGUUGUUGAAUAUUUUGAAAUCACAUUUAUUGAUUUAUAUGAGUAUGCACAAAUACCAUCACAAUCUUUUUUAUUAUCUGAUUCUUCUUCUAGACUUGAUUCUUCACUUGAUAUUUCUUGAAUUAUAAGGAUUUGAUUAUCUUCUUUUGAUUCAUAAUUUUCAUUUGAUUCAUCAUUUUCUUUAUCAAUCGUUAAUCCUAUCAUUAAAUUUUUGAGUUUAUCACUUAUUUCUAAUGAAUUGAUUUUAUUUUCUAAUUGACAAUUUCUUGAAUAAUGACCUACUUUUCCACAUUUAAAACAAGUAGGGGUUUUCUUUUUUAAAUUUGAUUUAUUUGGAGGUUUUGAUUUAUUAGGAAUAACUUUUACAAACUUCUUUUGAAAUUUUGAUUCUGUUGAAGGUUUUUUAUUUUUUAUUUUAUUUUGUUUAUUUUUUCUUUUUGAAGGGGCAACUAAUGUAUCAUAACCGUAAUAUGAACAAAAUUUUCCUAAUUCUUUUCUGUUAUCUUGUUUCUCUUUUUUCAUUUGACUCUUUAAUUUAAGAUCUGUACAAAGGGCUAAACCUUCAUUAUUAACAAAAGUAAUUAAUUAUCCAUAUAUUAAUGACUCAUAAGGAAUCCUACCAUUAUGAAUAUUUCUUAUUCUUUGUCUAACUUUUUCUGCAAAUAAGGUGGGCAAUCCUGAUAUAAAAUUUUCUUUCCAAUAAUGAUUUCCACAAUUAGGUCUUGACAUAACUUUGACUAAAAACAUAUCUUUAUACCACUUAAAAUCUUGAAAUGUUGGACAUCUAAGAUUGUUAAGGAUUUCAGAAGUUCUUUCUUGAAAAUAGACUGGAUUUCCUAUAAAAUGUUUUGUUAUUGCAAAUAUUAGAGUAUUGACAGCAUCUUCUUCAUAAGUUUGGACUAAUGUUCCUUCUUCUUUGAUUAUUGUCUUUUUUGCAUUUAAUAUAUAUUCUCUAUCAUUUUGACUCAAAUAAUGAUCCCACCAUCCUUUAAGCAAACCAGUGAAUCCUAUGACUAAGGCACCGGCAGCAUGAAAGUCAGAAUUACUAGUCUUGAUUCUAUAUGCAUUAGCAGCCAUCAUCAUUUCAUGAAGCAGAUUGAUUAUUUGAUGUUCACUCAUUCCAUCUAUAUUCCAUUCAUAGAAACUACUACCAUUAUAACUAGCAGCUAAUUGAUAAUUUCUUUCUUCUAAUUGGACAUCAGGAAAAGAGAGUUUUGUAUAAUAAUUUUUUCUACUUACAAAAUUAUUAGAAAUUGCAUUGACUGUUGUAGGAGGUUUUACUAUUGAAUCCAGAGACAUUUUGAAUUGUUCUUCUAUUUUAUUGAUUUAUGAUUUUCUUUUUGUUAUGGUCAUUGUCACAUAAAAUAAUCACAAUUUUAUCCUUAAUCAAUUCAGCUAACUCCAACCCUCCUCGUGGACUAUGGAGUUCUUUAUCAAUUGAUUUUCUCUCAUCCUGAUCAAAUUGAUAAAUUUGGAAGAAAAUUAGUUGUCUGUAUUUUAAAUGCCUUCAUCAAUGAUUUCAAAUCUGUUGAACUCAUCAUAGAAAGUAAACCUCCUGAAUGGUCGAAUGAUGGAGGAGUCUACCCUGCUCAACAUCUCAUUUUGUUCAAAGCAAAUCAGAGAAAAUAUCAGUUGUUUGAUACAGAGGACCCUUGACCUUGUACUAAAUCCAGUAUCAAAAAACAAAUCAGACAUUGGAGAUCAAGAAUGAUUGCAAGAGACCUUGACUUUAAGAUAUAUAGUUCUUCUAACUAUAAUCUCAUUGCUGAAGACAAUAUUCAAAAAAUCAUCUCUGCAAACAACUUUCCUGAAAUUCCUUUUUUGUUUCAAACUCAAUUUACUUAUCUUGUUGAUAAGUACAAAAGAGAAUAUGUAUUGGAAAAAGAAGCCAGACAAAAGUUUGAAAAAUAUCUCUUAGAAAUGCUCAGUUAAGAGAUAUCAAGAAUCUUUUGUACAUUUGUAAUUAUCCAGUAAAAAAAAAAAAAAAAAAAAAAAGUGAAUAGUGUUUUUGAAUAGUAAAUUUCGUCUUUUACUAUGACUCAAAAGUAAAAAGCAAGAAGGUGACUCAAUAGCCAUGUGAUAAAAAUGAAGAGGAAGAAAAGAACCUUACCUUCUGCAAUCUCCAUACACGUGGAAGAAAUCAAAGGAACAAAGCCUUCUUGAAGCCCAGAGUCUCUGUUAUAAAUAGAACUCCAAGGCUUCUUCCUGAGGCAGAGUUGGGAAAAGAGUUGAGAAGAAAGCAAGAGUUUGGCAAGGGUUCGAGAGUUCAAAAGAGAUAGCUUCAAGAGCAGAAAAAAAUUAGAGAGUGCAAAAAUUUUAGAGUUCAAAAAUUUUCUCUUGUAAUUUUCUUUGAGUUAGAGUCAUCCCUCUACUGUCAACAACCUAUAUUCAUCAGCUCUCUGUAUUAAGAAGGGCUUCUCUCAUUCGGGCAUCAAAAAGCCCUGAAGACCUACUUCUCUCACUCGCGCAUCAAAACUGAAGCUGCCCUCUUGUCUCACUCGGGCAUAAAAAAGCCCUUUGCUGAAGCUUCCCCCGGACGAGCGAAUCGACCCUACUUUCCUCUUUCACUCUCAAUCCUCGCAGGGUGAAAUAAAUGAGUCAAAAGAGGGGCUUGUUUGGUGAAACAAAGCCCUAAGCCACCUGCCAGAGACAAAAGGACGAAGAAGAUCAGCGGGCUCACCCUCAGACUCAUAAGAGGUUCUGAGAAAAGAGAAAUAUUUCUUAGAAGUCAGAGCAAAGGGUAUUAGAAGGCUGGUGCUUGAUCAAAGCAGAACAAGGCCGAUAAGCAAACAGGGGUGUGCAUCUGAAAAAUAGCACACACAGCAAGAGACAAAGACAGAGAGAUGGGGCACACCAGCAAUGAUCUUCUGCACUUGGAGCAUAAGGCCUCUUCUUCUUCAUCCCUAGAAUCCACACUUCUUGUUUGCAAGAAUGGGUCAGAGUCCAAGUUGCAGAAACCUAAUCACCCUAAGGGAAAACCCAUCACUACCCCACUGCCUUCAAGCCAAGUUCUGGGAAAAGUGAAAGAUUUCCUAGGAGUCAUAUCAGAAGCUAAUAAAAAGCUGGAGCUUGAUGCAAAGGACAAUUCCGGUAAGGACUAUGAUAUUGAGGUGCUCACGGGGAAUGAAUCUGAAUACAUUGAAAUGGAUUUGAUGCUGGGUAUUGCUGAUCUGCAGACUCCUGAGGCUGUGGCAGCAGCUGAAUCUUCUAUUGCAGGUUUUCAACCAGUGGUUCCUCUAGCUGGUUGCAGUAGUGGAACAGAAUCUGAAGAUAGCUCUAAUUAUGGUGAUAGUGAUAAUGACGAUGAUGAGGACAGCGAUGAUGAUAAAAACGAUGACAAAAAUAAUAAUAAAGCAUGCUUUGUUGUGAAACAUAAAAGAUCAAAGUCUGCUCAUGGGGAUUCUUCCAUGGAAGUGCCCCAAAAAAAUGGGGGUUCAAAAAAGCGGCCAAAGAUUGUUGAGCUCUCGUGAGAAUCUUAAUUAGAAAUAGGACAGUGAAAUCUACUCAUGGGGAUUGUUUUCUAGGAAUGAGAGGGAAACCAUCAGGAUUAUAAGGGUUGCAGCAAGCAUGAAAGGCAUUUCUCUGCAGGAAGGAGGGAGCUUUCUGAAUGUCUGAUGAGGCUGUAAUUUAUGCAGCGGUGGGAUUUUUGCUUCUCCAUUAAUAUCUAUCAGGGCAUAUGCCAUACUAGACAGCUAAUGGAGAAAACAGUCCUGUGAGUACCCUUCAAAUUUUGAAUGUCAUGGAAGCUUUGUGAUGUUUUUAUUCUACCAAAUCUGUUAUUAAAUUUUCUACAUUUCAGUUUUGUAAUUAAAUUUUCCAUUCCAUUAAA